AUGACUGAUAAUCAACAACAACAGAUUGAUUUAUUAAAUAAUGACAUUCAAAUUUUACAGAAAAAACUAGACAGUAAAACAAAAGCAUUUGGGAUAUUAAUCAAUGAACUUGAGUCAUUAAGACAUGAACGCGAUCAAUUUAAGACACUUGCUGAUAGUUUACAAGAAAAAUGUGUACAACUUAGAAAACCAACAAUAAAUAAGAUAGAACCUCUCAAUGCGAUUCAUCAUUCUCAAACACUCUAUGAACAUCCUAAUGAUUCGACAAUUCAUCUUCUAAAAACAGCUCUGAAAACUGUUCAAGAUGAAAAAGAAGGAUUACAAUCGAAAAUAGAUGAACUUCAAUAUGAACUUAAUGAUGUCAAAGGUGAUUUAUCGAUUUUCCGACAAAAACGAAAUCGAGAUCGGAAUAAUAGUAAUAAUCAAUAUGAAAAUAAUGAUAAAGAAUUAGAUAAUCAUAGAGAAGAUCAAUCAAUUUUAUUAAAUCAUUUAGAACAAUCAAAUGAACGAAUAAAUGAAUUACAUAAUGAUUUAAAAUUAAUUACUUGUGAAAAAGAAGAACUUGAAAUUGAACGUGAUUCAUUUAAAAUAAAAUACAAUAAAUUAAAUCAAGAAUUGAAUAAAAUGUUAAAUGGAAAUGAAAAAUGUAUUGUAGAUAUUGAACUUGUUUUAUCAGAAAAUCGUUAUUUAAAAGAAAAAAUCAUUGAAUUAACCCGUGAAAAAAGUCUUGCCAUUGCUAAUGCUAAUAAAUAUAAAGAUCUUAUACAAACACAACGAUCUGCAUUUCAUCGUCAAGGAAAAAUACAAUCGUCAGGAGAUAUAUUAACUUAUAAUCAAGUUCGUAGUGUGAUAAAUCAAAGUUAUAUUCUUCCAAAUAAUCCAGAAACUGAUAAUGAUUUACGAUCAAUUGCAGAAGCUUUAUUUGAAAAUAUUAAAGAUAAAAAUGUAACAAUAAUUCAUCAAAGAAAAAUUAAUAAAUUAUUAGCUAGUCGUAUAAUAGAAUUAGAAAAACGUCUGACUGAUUGUAAACUUACGACGACGCCUGAACAAACCAGUUCACUUAUUAAUUUACUUGAUCGAACACCUAGUCCAUUAAUUCCUGAUUCUACAACAUCUCAAAUUAUUGAUAGUACCGAUGACAUACAACAACUAUCUUCUACUCAGAUUUUUGAUUUUCCAUCUACAUGGUCAACAUCUUCAUCAUUUUCGUCUCUAUCUAUGAAAACAUCUGAAAAUGAUUCUACAAAUAAAAAUAAACAUAAUGAAACAGGAAAACAUAGAAAUCAAUCUCAAAGUAAUUAUCUAGAAAUGGAUGAUCUAUUAGAAUCUUCUAGUUCAACUUCAAAUUCAUCAAAUCUCAUUCCACCUACAACUUCUGAUGAUAUUGAACAAUUACAAGAUCUUUUCAAUAAUAAUAAUGCACGACACUCUACAAAACAAACAAAUUCAACAACUGUUUCAAAUCUAACUUGUUAA